UUGGUCCAAGCAAAGGGACUGGAAGUAGGGUGAUAGGAAGGUGGGUGUAUUUCUGGGUAGAUGGGUAUGUUACAGAGGAUGAAGUGGGUAUACUCUCCCAUAUGUUCCACUGUUUUUUUUGGUGUACUGUAAAUGGCCAAACAAGAGGUGGGUAUACCCUGUACACCUGCAUAUACCCACCUGCUACUAAUAUUACCAUAUGAUAUGUGCUUAAGUAAAGAUUAAGGAUUACAAAACAGACUAGGAAGCUUCAAUCAUACAAAUGCUUUGCAGAAACACAUGAAAGUGUGUCAUAUGCAGAGCUGAAGUGUGAAUAAAUUAGACUUUAUUAAGAAUGAAAUUAUGAAAUGCAAUACCAUUUAAAGCCCUGCUCAUUAUUAUUAAAGUUAUAUAAUUUUGCUUACUUUCAAAAUACUUUGACAAGUUAGCUUUAUUUCAUUUGAGUGGUUUCUUAUUAUUUGAAUUAAAAAAGCUACUUUCAUCUUAAAGUCUUUCACUGUCAUUUAAGACAAAAAGGGUAGAACGUACAGGUGGUUACUGCUUUGAUCUGAAUGAGCAAACAGUGGAAUUUACUUAUUUACAAAAAUUAAAAUUUGGUGAAAAUAGAUCAAAAUAUGAUCAGUUAGAUGAGUGCUUUGGAUCAUUUACCAAUGUAUGGUCAUAUUUUAUAUUAUACAUUUGUUCAUUAGGCUAUGUCUUUUUAUUUAUUUGAAAACUUGGGUUCUCACAUAUGCAGUCAACUUUCAGGUCUGUGCCUGAUCCUGUGCGAUGAUUGCAAUAUUUCCGACAGCAAGGGAACGCAGCACAGUUUAACAAGGCCGAGUGCCUGAAAGUCAUUUGUUUCCCCCUGAAUCGGCCUGACUGGAUUGGACGGCCGGGGGUUCCGCCCACAAACACACAAGGUGGAGUUGAAAAGAAACAACAUGCUGGGCCAAAAUGAAGCUGUCAAACAGCCUCUUAGUAUUUGCUAAAAGAGGAAUCGAGCAAUGUGAAAAUGCAUGGAGGCUGCUUUGAAGACCUUUAGGACACUUCUGUCUGAAGUGGAAAUCUGACAUUGAUGAGAGAAAAUUAAUACAAAACAGCACACCCUCAAAUGAAUGGGGAAAUGGAGGCAACUACCCAAGACAAAGGUGGGAUUUUAACAAUGUGGGCACAGGAGGACCUCUUAAAACUGCUGGAGGCCAUGAAAGUGGCCCUGCCACAAAAGGACCUCACUAAAUAUAAAACAUCAGAGUCCCACCUGGACUGGCAGAAGGUGGCUUUCAAUUCCUUCACAGCAGAGAUGUGUAAGCAGAAGUGGCAGGAGGUUUCAAAAGAGAUUCGUAAAUUUCGGACUCUAACAGAGCUGAUAUUUGAUGCCCAAGACUACAUCAAGAACCCUUACAAGGGCAAAAAAAUAAAGAAACACCCAGAUUUCCCCAAGAAGCCUUUGACUCCAUACUUUCGCUUCUUCAUGGAAAAGAGGGCCAAAUACGCAAAGUUGCACCCUGAGAUGAGCAACUUAGACCUAACGAAAAUCCUCUCCAAGAAAUACAGGGAGCUUCCUGACAAAAAGAAGAAAAAGUAUGUUGACGACUUCCUAAGAGACAAAGAAGCAUUUGUACACAGCAUGAUGAGGUUCAGAGAACAACACCCAGAUCUUAUGGAGAGCAUGACCAAGAAAGGUUCAAAUGCACCAGAGAAGCCCAAGACGCCCCAGCAGCUGUGGUAUAACCAUGAAAAGAAGGCCUUUCUUAAGACACACCCAGACGCGACCACCAAAGACAUUAAGGACAGUCUUGGCAAACAGUGGACGCAGCUGUCUGACAAGAAGAGACUCAAAUGGAUCGCCAAGUCCCUUGAGCAGCAGAAACUGUACGAGGGGACGAUGAGGGAGUACAUCCAGCAGCACCCAGAGUUGAACAUGACCAAUGAGGAUAUCGUCAAGUCCACCCUGACCAAGGCCGAGAGGCACCUCAAAGACAAAUCUGAUGGCCGCCCCGACAAACCACCUCCAAAUGGUUACUCAAUGUUCUGUGCGGAGCUGAUGUCGAGCAUGAAGGAUGUACCCAGCACAGAGCGUAUGGUGAUGUGUAGCCAGCGGUGGAAGCUGCUGAAACAGAAUGAGAAGGACGCCUACCAGAAACGCUGUGAACAGAGGAAGAAGGAGUAUGAAAUUGAAAUGAACAGAUUUCUCAGUAGUUUGUCAGAGGAGGAGCAGACUCGGGUUUUGUCUGAGGAGAAGAUAGGUUUUAAAAAGGGUGGAGCCAGCAGUCCUGCCGCCAAAAAGAAGGCCUCAAAAGCAAAGGCCAAUCCAGAGAAACCCAAAAGACCAAUUUCAGCCAUGUUCAUCUUCUCCGAGGAGAAGCGUCAGAAACUGCAACAGGAGCGGCCGGACCUUUCUGACAGUGAGCUCACGAGGCUCCUGGCUCGCAUGUGGAAUGAGCUGCCAGACAAGAAGAAGGAGAAGUAUAAACGUCUAGAAACAGUCCUGAAGGCAGAGUCAGAGAAGAAGGAGAAGGAGGAUCGCAGUCGUCUGCCGGACCCACCUAAGACUGCCCAGGACAUCUGGCAGCAGAGCGUCAUAGGAGACUACCUGGCCAGAUUUAAGAGUGACCGGCCCAAGGCACAGAAAGCAAUGGAAGCCACCUGGAGCACCAUGGAGAAGAAAGAGAAAAUAAUGUGGAUCAAAAAGGCAGCAGAGGACCAGAAAAGAUAUGAGAGAGACCUGUGCGAGAUGCGCUCACCCGCUGCCGCCAUUGCCUCAGGGAAGAAGAUGAAGUUUGAGGGUGAACCCAAGAAACCACCAUCAAACGGAUAUCAGAAGUUCUCUCAGGAGAUGCUGUCCAACGGAGAGCUGAAUCACCUCCCGAUGAAGGAGCGGAUGACUGAGAUCGGCAGCCGUUGGCAGAGGUUACCACUGAAGGAGAAAGACCGCUACAAGAAGAUCGCGGAGGAGAAGCAGAGACAGUAUAAAGUCCAACUGGAGCAGUGGCUCGCUAGCUUGUCCUCGCAAGAGAGAAACACUUACAAAGAAUAUAACUCACAAAAAAGAAGAACUACAGCAAAACCAGGAGGCCCCAAGGCGAAGGCCAAGAAAUCUGACACAGAGGAAGAGGAGGACGAGGAUGAGGACGAGGAUGAAGAUGAUGACGAACGGGAGAAGGCUUCCUCUGAGGCAGACUCGUCCAGCGAGGAUGAGGAGGAUGACGAUGAUGAUAAGGAGGAGGAGGAUGAUGAUGAUGAAGACGACGACGACGAUGACGACGACGACGAUGACGAUGAGGCGGAAGACAAGGAGAACAAGUCGGAGGACAGCAGCAGCGAUUCAAAUUCACAGGGGUCGUCGGACUCGGAUUCGGACUGAAACGGGCCGACGUCUCCGUGAGAUGAACUGAGCAGCGCUGAGCUGAGCCAAGAGUCAAGGGAGCUCUGCCACUGUGCCAACCCUGCUCUCCUCCCACCACCAGAGGGAGCCCCUGCAUCACCUCAUCCACUUGACACUCACCCACUUUUAUGUUGCUGCGUUGGUGGUCUACUCAUGGAGGCACCCUGCCCGUAUGUCCAAAAUCAGUUCCAUUCCCUCCCCGGUGUGACGGUCAUCUCACAGCACAGGCCGCUGACGUUAUGCCAAAAACAGCAUCCCACUGGUUUGGUGAUGUCAUGAACAUUUCUGAUGUGGUUUCAAUCUUGACGUACAGGUUCAGUGGUUUAAAGGUUAGAGUUUUAAUGUCGAGGGUAAUCGAUUACCCUCCAAUGUUUCUGUUGUCAUUCUGGUAAUUAGUUAAAGGUGGCGUGAGUUGUGAACAGGCUUCAUAGAGCCAAAGAACAUAGUAAGGCGGAUCACUUUAGGGAGCGAGAGGGUGGGGAGGGGGGUGUGCAGGGUACUGAAAAAUUGCACUCUUCAGAAUGUUUCCUUUAAUUUUUUUUUUCUUCCCAGUUCAUUGUCGCGUUUGUUCUCUAUUCUCAAUUUAUGAUGUAGAUUUUUAUCAUUUUGGUUCUUAAAGAGGUGGUAUUUUUUCAGGAAAAAAAUCAAGCCAUUAUGAAUGUCUUUGUUGCUGGAAAAUUUCAGUACUUGUUACUAACCCAUGUUCUCAUUGAUAAAGAUAACAGUGCCUGUAUAAAGUGUUCACCCCCUCUUGGACUUCAUGUUUUUUUGUUUUACAGCAAGUGGAUGAUUUGUUACUCAGUGGUGUAAAAUGACUCCUUAUUCGGCAAUAUUUAAGGAGAAAUCACACAGAGGAUUUUCCAGUAAUGUUACAAGAAAAACAAAUCUCUGCAGAUGUAUCUAAAUUACGUGCAAGUCAAAAAAAAAAAAAAAAGAUUACGUAAGUAUUCACCUCUAAAUGGUUAGUAGACUCGUCUUUGGCAGCAGUUACACCCUGGAGUCUGUGGAUCAGUCUUUGCACAUGUGGACACUGCAUUUUCACCCAUUCUUUUUGCAAAACUGGCCCUAUUUUUACAUUUUUAUUUUUACUUAUUGUCCAACUGCUAUUCUGUUCCUUGAAUAUACUUUUGGAGCCUCCAGAUGCAGUUUAUUUACUGGCCACGGUUAAUUUAACACAAGUUACCUCCAUUUAACCUGUCAAAACGUUUGUAAUCACUUAAUUUAUGUUUUAAAGGGACUUAAUUUAGAUCAGUUUGUGAAGGUUUGUUGUGUUGAUGAGGGUCAGAAAAGCCUACUUGCAUCCACUCUGACUCAGAGAUGUAAAACAUAUAAGAUCCAGUGGUGGUGAAUACUUUGUAUAGGCACUGUUGUAUCCUUCGCCAUGUGUCUGUCAUUCAAAUAUGUCAUGUAUCAAACUUAACUGACGUGUUGUUCUCAUUAAUCCAUCAGUCUGGAACAAUUCUGUUUGACUCGGUUAAUUCUGGCCCGACAGUAACCCACAGUGUUUACUGUGUGACCGGAGCAGUUUGUCGUUGGAGGGGCAACACUUAUUGUCCUCAUGUAGAGCUCAAUCUGACUGUGUUUUUAAAGAAUGCAUCACACAGUCGGUGUAUGUGUCUCCUCCUGAACUGUCGUUUUACGUUUACGGUUUAUUUGAGUCGUUAAAAAUGUUUGUUUUUAUUGUUUUGUUCUGAUCCAUCUGGAAUCAUUUUGUGGCUGUCAAACUGAAGGGUUUUCAUAAAAAAAAAAAAAAAUAGUUUUGAAUUUUUAUUGGUAUUGACUGUAAUCCAUACGGGUUUCAGUCUAAUGCUUAAUCCCAAAAAAAAAAGUGUGCACUUAAUGUAAAUCUGUCCCUCUGUGUGAGUUUGUGUGCAUGCCUGCACAGAACUGUGUAUAUAUGAGGGUGUGAGUGUGUGUGUUUCUUUGCUUUAAUGUGUGCUGUUUUUAUUGUUUCUGUUGCAUACCAUGAUGUGACUGCAGCGUGCAUGUUUGUGCCUGUGUGGGGACGUCAUACCAACACCAUGAAUGUAGAUAUUGUUAAAUCUUUUAAUUUUUUUUUUUUUUUUU